CAGAUUAUGCCUGUGCUUGACUUACGGGUACCUUCCCCAUUCAAGGCUUCAUGGGAGAGGCAGGGGAUACUGGGCUGUUGGAACUGGUUGAAGGAUGCAUGGAAAGAAAGGGCCAAAAAUUCCACACAUCUAUACCUUUCGACAGUACACCCUGCCGUUUUCCCCCAUCUCAAACGCAGACCCUUUGUUUUCAGCCCGAGCCUACUUUUCUUCCGCUCAGGGAGGGAAACUGCAAUUCUGGGACCACUGAGGCGACUCGCCUUGGACUGUUACUUGAAAUACAACGAGGCGUUGGCGAGUGGUGACAUGAAAGCUAUACGAGAUGUCGCCCGCGACCCCAUCGCCCAAGAAGCAGAAACCAAGAUAAAAAAACUCACGACCAGCGGGACCAAGCUGGUAUGGACGUAUCACGGAGAAGCCAAGAAGACGCAAUGUGUCUCGUAUCGCCAUGUCCCUGAUGCAGGGAUUGGUGUUACAGGACCUAGGGCUGGUAUUCAGCAGGUGUUGGUUCAAUUCGUGACACUUCAAUCCUUGGCGGUAUACGAUAAGAAUGGGAAACUACUUCGUGGGAACCCUAAAAGUCCCAAAAAGGUGACCGACUUUUACGUGUUUGAGUUCAGAGGCUGGGACACGGAAGGUUGGCGCAUGAAAGCUAGGUUGUUCGAACCAACCGAACCAAAUAGAUGAUGUAUUUACAAAAUGCACUAUCGGAGCACAACAGGGAAACUGAAGUACUUACUCGCCUGCUG